CGCAUUGCGGAAAAAAUCAAUAGUCUCCCAAAUCUAUAUAAAAUCAAAGAUAGAGAACAUUUAAAACGCUAGAGUGGAACUAUCCUGAAAAUACACAGGUUUUAAAUCUGAAAUGGCUGACAAAUUAACAGAGGAGCAAAUUGCCGAAUUCAAGGAGGCUUUCAGUCUGUUUGACAAGGAUGGUGAUGGUACAAUUUCAGCCAAGGAGUUGGCAACAGUUGUGAGGUCAUUAGGUCAAAAUCCUACAGAAGCAGAGUUACAGGACAUGAUGAACGAGGUGGAUUCUGAUGGAAAUGGAACGAUAGAUUUCUCAGAAUUCCUGCAAAUGAUGGAACAAGACAUGAAAAAAGACAAUGGCGAUGAUCUUCGCGAAUCUUUUCAAGUAUUCGAUAGAGAUGGUAAUGGGUUUAUAAGUGCAGCUGAACUUAGACAUGUUAUGACAAAUAUAGGAGAAAAACUAACAGAUGAAGAAGUUAAUGAGAUGAUCAGAGAAGCUGAUACUGAUGGAGAUGGUCAAAUCAAUUAUGAAGAUAUCAAAGAAAUGUUCUCGCUUUUUGACGUGGACAGUUCAGGUUCUAUCAGUACACAUGAACUAGACGCUGCCAUGAGAUGCCUAGGAAAGAUGCCGACAGAAGAAGACCAUAGGGAAGUAGAUGACGGUAAUGGUAACGUUACAGAGGCAAAAUUUCUGACAUUGAUGAAGAGAAAAUUAAACGAAGAAGAGACGGAAGAAGAAAUUCAGGAAGCAUUCCAGAUAUUUGAUAAAGAAGGGUAUGGCAUAUUGACUUUUUGCAUUCGCUAUUUUCAGGCUGACCAACUAACAGAAGAACAAAUUGCUGAAUUCAAGGAGGCUUUCAGUCUUUUUGACAAGGAUGGCGAUGGCACAAUCACAACUAAGGAGUUGGGAACGGUAAUGAGGUCAUUGGGUCAGAACCCAACAGAAGCAGAGUUACAGGACAUGAUCAAUGAAGUGGAUGCUGAUGGGAAUGGAACGAUAGAUUUCCCAGAAUUCCUCACUAUGAUGGCACGUAAAAUGAAAGAUACAGACAGUGAAGAAGAAAUCCGCGAGGCUUUCAGAGUUUUCGAUAAAGAUGGAAAUGGUUACAUAAGUGCAGCUGAACUUAGACAUGUAAUGACAAAUUUAGGGGAAAAACUGACAGAUGAGGAGGUUGAUGAAAUGAUCAGAGAGGCUGAUAUUGAUGGUGAUGGCCAAGUCAAUUAUGAAGAAUUUGUGAAAAUGAUGACGAGCAAGUAACCAAAGGACAAUCCUGAUGAACCUGUCAGGCUGUAUGAUAAUGUGUACAGUAGGAUUUUAACAACUCGAGCAGACGCGAAUGGUUAGCGAGAUUAUUCUCAUGGCAUCCCGCUGCAUGGCAUAGUCAUUGUCGUUUCGACAUUUACUCUUCGACAAUGUUCCUCGUGUUUUGCAUCAUUUGUCUUCCAUGUUAUUUUCUACUGCAAUCAGUGUCUUCCAGUCUUAGUUUUUAAUCGAUGUAACAAAUCUGCGUAUGGUAAAGUAAUGCCUGUAAGUGUUAAAGUUUAAAUAGUUCGCAUGACCCGUGGUCUAGUCUACACAAAUUGCUUUGUAUUCAUCAAAUUUCAUUUUCUACAAAAAUUUAUAUCCAGUAUUUAUCUUCAAAGCAAAAUAUAUAAUACCACAUAUGUUCAGGUUUUAUUAUUAAAGUGUUAUUUUUAUAUUUAAAAUAAAAAAAAUGUAACAAACGUG